AUGGAGAUCCCCGAAGUCAAGGUCUUCAACUUCGUGCACGAAGUAUACCCUUUGAUCGACGCCAAGCCGCACUUUACAUCGAAGACCUACAAGGACAAGGUUGUCAUCAUCACCGGUGGCUCCGAGGGCAUCGGCGCCACCGCUGCUCUCUUCUAUGCGAAGGCCGGUGCGAAGCUCGUUCUUGUUGCGCGAAACAUCAAAGAGCUAGAGGAGCGCAAAACGGCCAUUGAGAAGCACGUCUCCGGGUCCGAAAUUCUCGUGGUGGCUGGCGACAUCUCUGACGUAGAGGUCGGCAAGCUCGCUGUACAGGCUGCCGUGCAAAAGUGGAACAGGGUCGACAUCGUGGUGGCCAACUCUGGUACCGAACAAGGUGGCGCAGCGAAGUUCCAUCAGAAGGACCCUCUAGGAUGGUGGCAUACGCAGGAGGUGAACGUGAGAGGCACGCUCAACAUCGUGCACGCGGCAAUCCCCGAGCUUCUCGAGACCAACGGACAAGUGAUUGCAGUCUCUUCCGCGCUGGCACAUGCACGCGUGCCAAUCCUGGCAGACUACAGCAUCAGCAAGCAUACCAUCGAUCGCUUUGUCGAGAUCCUCGCGCUUGACUACCCAGAGCUUUCGCUCUACAGCGUUCAUCCUGGGGUUAUCCUGACGCCUGGCUCGUCCGACAUCGCCGAGAGGAUGGGCAUGCCCAAGAAGAUCAAUAUGCCGGACACGGCUGAGCUUCCGGCUGCAACCUUCCUCUGGCUCACGGCGCGUAACGCGGAGUUCCUCAGCGGUCGGUAUAUUCAAGCUACGUGGGAUCUCAACGAUGUUGUCGCGAAGAAGGAUGAAAUUGUGCGGGAUGAUCUGCUCGUAACGAAGCUUGCGGGCCCGAAAUUGGCUUGA